AAAUACAUACUCGCCCCUAAAAAUAGAGGUAAAAUUUACAUCGAGUCCAACAGCGCCACAGAACUUUCCUUUGUUUCAGUUUUGCCUCAACACUCAACGCUCCAUAAACACCAUCCGCUGAAGCUUACCGUUUUGUUGUUGUCGUGAACGUUCCCACUACACCUUGCAAUGUCCAAUUGGACUCAACGCCGUCGUCGCCUCUGCAGUGUCGCGUUCUUCUUCAGUCUUCGCGCCGUGCUGCUCACCGCUCAAGUGAUGCUCCUGGCGCCGCUUCUUCGUUCCAAACCGCAAGGCGCAUAUCGAACGCACGCCGUUUUGACUUGCUUCGCGCUGCUCGUGCUGCUGCUCUUGUGUGGCGCCUCGCCAUUCCUGCUGCGCAUCAUCGCCUCAACCUAUGAACGGGUGGGCGUACAAUUUGACGCCAUUUUCCUUCUAAUCGCCAUGACCUCUCAAGUUAGCGACAUCAGCAUUGUCCUAAUCUCCAUGCUGUCGCAGAUCUGCCAGCGCCGAGCCUUAUGUGAAUUCCUGAAUCAGCUGCAGGACACCGCGCAACGCGUACGUGCCAUUCAUGGACGAAACUUCAUAACCGCGCGAGUUCUGUUGUUGUUGUGGCUGCAGCUGGGACUAACGCUGUACGAUAUGUUGACGCAGCUCGUCUUUCUCGCCAAACUGGCUUUCAAAAUCGCGCCGUGGCAGAUUGUGGUCAACCUGUUGUCGUUGUACCUGCAGCAGUGCCGUGCCACGCUGCAAUUGGUAAUUAUGUGCUGCGUGUUGUUACUCAUCGCUUGUUAUACUCAACUGGCGGAAUGCUUGGAGCGCAUCUCAGAGGACUCAAGUGCCGAGCUGUCAACCUAUGAGGAUUUGGUUUGGCUGCAGAUGGUUUUGCACAAACUCACCCUCCAGCUGAAAGACGUUUUUCAGUUGCCGCUCUUUCUGCUUGUUGUCGGCGAAUUCAUUAGCGUAUUGGCCAAUUUGUAUGCGCAGCUUCACUAUUACGUCACAACGAAAGCUUGGUGGUUCGCCUUUGUAUUCUACUGCGCCAAGAUAAGCGUUGAGCUGUACCUGCUCAUACACGUUGUCUACUUUUGUUGCAUGUUGCAUGAGAAAGUCACUAACCUUUUCCUCGAUCGCGAUUUGGACUUCGAGGAGCCGACAACGCUUGAGCCUUGUCUGUUGGCCGCAUCAAAGCGUUUGCAGCAACAGCAGCUUUGGCUCGGCGGGCGUCACCAGUUGCAGCUGGAUCACGUCUUUCGCCACGGUUGA